AUGUCCAAUCUAGAUCAGCUUGUCAAGGGAGCACCUCCGCCGGAGAAGAUAUACAAUAUCCCAGGACCGACUGGAGUGCAAAUCCCCGAUCCGAUGAAUCCUCCCUCCCUGGCUGACCCUCUAGCCAACCUUCCCUCCUCGCCCCCGCAGAUAUACCUAAACCUCCUCAUCCUCGAAGCUUCGUUGCGCGCGCAAUGGCUUCAGCUACGAACGAGGCGGCGCCAGCAUACGUUCUUCUUGAUGUUACUCGGGCUGUGGGUCCUGUAUUUUGGGUAUGCGCUGUUCCUGGCGCCGCGAGAGGACGGGAGCGGCGUGGGAGGCUCUGUAUACUGGGUGGUGGAGGUGACGGAAAAAGUCUGUCUGAUGGGUGGCGUGGUGACGGGCAUCCUCGUUUGGGGUACCGGACAAUGGGAGAGGGGUUUCCGUUGGCCACGGCGUUGGGUGUACAACACGAACAGAGGGCUUAGAGGCUUCAACUGCAAGCUGGUGGUCAUCAAGCAGCCUAUGUGGCGGGAUGUACUCUCCACACUGUCGUUCCUCUUCUCCUACGGUCUCAUCUCCAGCACCAGCGGGAGCUCGUAUCGAUUUGUGGACCGGUCACUUUUGCGGGAGUCGGAGAAGGCUCGGGGGAAGGGUAGCCAUCACGCUCUAUCUAAUAUUAACGAGAGCGAAGAAUCAGUCGGCUACGAAGAGGAUUUAGCACCCGGGGGAGACUAUGUCAAAUUGCUCUUGCUCCCCAAACCUUUCUCUGCCAACUUCAGGGAAAACUGGGACACCUACCGGACCGAGUAUUGGGAGAAAGAGAAUGAGCGACGAGCGGUUUUACAGAAAAAGAUAAAGGCGCGGGAAAGGAAGCUCGCCAAAGAGCAAGGUGGGUGGUUAUGGUGGACGGGCUAUAGAGGCUGGAAGCGUGGGAAAUCUCAUGACAUCGAGAAGACCUCCAACCCUGUCAGCAAGCUGGGAAGCCUUCGCGACAAAGAUGCAAAGCGUAUCCGCAGUAGUAGCAUCAGGUCGGGAUCUCACUCCAGAAAUUCGUCUCGAAGCACUACCCCGACUGAGCUGGAAGAUGGGCAGAUAGGACAUGUUCGGAGAGGGAGCAGCGCUUCGAGUGGUCCUGGCAGGAGGAAAAAGACCGUCCCAGGAGGCAGAGCUCAGAUCCUCGGCCCUGGCGGCUCUCGCUCUGUAACGCCAGAGGUGCCUUCGCCUCUUAUGAGGGAAAGCAGCGUUACGAGUCUCUCUUCUCUUGAUAGUGACCAUGCACCGACACCUGCUGGCGAUGGUGACUCGAUCAGAUCCACGAAGGCACCUCCGAGGACUGGGAGCACGAUGAAGAAAUCGAGUGUAGGAAGCCUUAGAUAG